GUGUGUGUAUGCGUUGUGUGUGUGUGUGUAUGCGUGUGUGUGUGUGUGUAUGCGUGUGUGUAGAGGGUGCCUGCCUCCUUCGUUGGUUUCAUGUGAACCUGCCCAUGACAGAGUAGCUUGCUCUGGAUGUCCUCUUCCUUCUGCUUAUCGUGUAAAACCAUGGCCUUAUAACCACAAGUUCUUGUGGAUGCUAAGUGGGGUUAUCUCAGGGAGUUGGGGCCAUAGCUCCUUUCUUUGCUUCUUUUUCUGCUCAUUGCCUUGCCUUCAAGUGCUUGCUGCUCCUUUUCAUUUCUUUGCAGGACUGGGAAAGAAUGGGAAGAGGUGUUUGAUAGGUUUCUUGUUAAUUUUCUAUCUGAUGGUAGAAUGAUUUGAGGGCUAAGUUGAAGAGCUCAGCUUUGAUUAUUGCCCUGGAAAAUUGAGGGUUGGUUGUAGGGCUAUGAUUGUGGCCUUGUAUACUUGCAAUGUUUGUCAAUGUGGCUUUCUGUUGUCAUCUUUUCUCUCCAGUCAGGGUUCUGCCACUGUCCCAAUUCCAUGGUUCCUGCAAAAAAGAGCUUAAUGUGCUCUUGGCAAAUGUUGAUGUUCUUUGUUACAGCUGGGAUUCUUCAGAGUGACCUGGCCUCUUAACUGCCUGUCAUCUUUAGGUGCUGGUGCCCUUGCUGCCUCAGCCCUCAGGCAUGCCAGAAGGAGCUACAAAGCUUAAAUCAUUUGUCAUUUUCAUUCCUUUGCAGAUUGUUUUAAAAAUGUACCCUUUUUUAUUUAAAUUACACCAUCUGUGUUAAUAUUAUAACCCACUCAUACUUUGCUUUUUGUAGAUUUCGGAUUGCCGAGAUCCAUAACUUUAAGAAAAGUUGGUUUUAGUGGAUGGGAGGACAGACAUUUAAUAUUUUUUGGGAAAAUGAGCUCUCAAUGUAUCUUUGGAUUAUUCAGCUUUUAAAUCUAUCAACCUCCACAAUUUGUCCAUCAUUGGAAAAGUUUUCAUUUGUUUAUUCCUGGAAGUAGACCACGUAGAGGUGUCUAGUCUUGUCAACCUACUCUCUUUGGAGGCUUGGAUCUUGUCUUAAAUUUUGUAGUGUAGGCCUGGGGCUCCAUCUCUUGCAGUGGAGGUAAUAGGGCUAUGACUGAGGGGCCAGCCUCUAUAGGUAUGCUACUAUUUUAGUCAUAACCACCAGUUAAGGUGUGCCAAAAUCCUUGCAUAGUCUGUUGAUUCUCCACGUUUUUUGUCCUGUCAAGCAAACAAGUGGACUAUACCAGAUGGGUGAAGUCACAAUGAAAAUAUUUAGUAGAUUUAUGGACUAGUGUGCUAUGCAAUAGGAUAAGACUCUCACUUAUUAAGGUACCUAAAUUAUAUAGAUACCUUAAUAAGUGGGAGUUUAGACUACUACAGAAAAAAGUUUUUUUAAAUUUUCUUUUUUGGUGGUACUGGGGAUUGAAUUUAGAGCUGGUAUCAUUUGAACCACUCUGCCAAGCCAAGAAAUUCUUUAAAAAGUUUUAAGUAGUGGUGAAUCAUUUGAAAUAUAUGUAGUGCUUUGAAAUGCAGUGCUGGGGUAGCUGAAGUUGUGUGGCUGACCUAGAGAAAUUAACAUUCUGGAAGGCAGAACCUACCACAACGAGCUAGCUAGUUAUUUUGCAAGAAGUGUGAUUGGUUAGGAAGGAAAGGAUGUGUCAGGCCAGUAGUUAGAGAAUACUUUUUAGAGAUGGGAUUUAAUUUGAAAACUGACUUGUUACUGAGAGAGUAAGGCUGUUGUCUCAGGUUUCUUAAAUUUGAAUCCUGACUUGACUUCUUAGCUGUAUGAUAUUGGACAUGUCAGAAACUGUGUGGGUUUUGUCAUCCAACAUUUACUGUAGUUCCAAGCAGUACAAUAGUUUUCAUAGACACCAAAAUGCAUUAGAUUAUUUCUAAAUCUGUUUAAUAAGUGAGGAAAUUUUUGAUCCCCAGCAGUGUCAAGAAAAAAGAUCACAUGGCUGACAAAGUGGUGAUCAAGGAAUUGAAGCAGCCAUUUGAACCAUCCUGGGCUUUGCUUGUUAUCAUUAUGCUAUGCUAGUGUUGGGAGGGUCAAAUGAAAACAUCUCAUAGUCACUUCUCAUUGAAUGUUAGCUGUCUUAUAGAAAUGAGGAGUUAGAACAUUUCUGGGAAGCUUGGGAUGGCCUAAUGGAGCACUCAGCUGAGCAGAGAACUCUGGAUAUAGAUGUGAGUUUAGUGAGUUUUUCAUUGCACUGUACAUAGGAGUAAUUUUGAGGCUAUGAGCCACCUCUAGUCUCUGGCAACAUUGUCCUCUGUUGUAGGAUCACCUAACUGUGAAUUUGGAAAAGAAAGGUUACUGUACAAGGGGAAGGACUUAUGGAAGGCUAAGAGGGUAUAGCUGGAGUGGGACUAGAGAUUUCAGAUGCUUGCACUGGUAGUUCCCUAUGACCAUCCAUAGAGAAUACUUUUUUUUUUUUUUAAUGAAAAACCUUUUAGUUUUGUUUUUCAGAAAUGAAUAUAGUUUCACUGUUUCUCAUCUUUUAAAAACAUUGACAAUGACGUCUAAAAAAUUAAUACAGCUUUCUUGCUUGUUCUGUCUCUCUCUUUUUCCCCUCUCAUCUUUUAAAAACAUGAAUCAGAGCUGGCAGAGUGACUCAAAUGGCAAAGUGACAUCCUGUACUGGCCCAUUUCUUCUACAGGGAAGAAUACUGACUUAACUUGGCCCUUAGAUUUUUUUAACUCAUUUCUGGACCAGGAGCCGGAGUUACUGGUUAGAAGUAUGAAUAAAUAAAUAUAUAUAUGUGUAUAUAUAUAUAUUUUUCAUCUUUAAGGGUGUGAAACUAAUUCAGAUUAUUUAGUCACAUCUAAGUAGUUUUCACUGACACCAGUAUUUUACCUUUAAGUUUGGGUUUGUCUGGGAUGCCCCAUCUCUCAGUUACAUGCAUGUAAUACUGCUCCUUUUGCUGAAGAUUUGCAGCCAGAAUACAUGUUUAUUCUUGGCUCUUACAAAAAUGUCCACUUUUUGGAUGACAUUGGAUAAGUCACUUUCCCUCUUUAGGAACUUGGUAGCCUGCUCAGCAAAUGAAGAAUCACUGGGCACAGUGGCAUGUCUUUAUUCCCAGUACUUGGGAAUACAGCAGUGGUACCUACAAUGUUCCAGAAAAAAGGUGGUUUAAGAUAUUUUUUGUUUUUGUGGUGCUGGGGAAUUAAACCCAGAGCCUUGCUAGGCAACCACUCUACCCUGAGAUACAUAUACAGCGCAGACAAGAUGUGUGCUUUUAAAACAUUCCAUUCAGUAUCAUCCUCUGGAUGUGGGGUGAUGAGUAAGAGGAUUUGAAUCAGAUGUCUUGUUUUUUUUUUGUUUUAGAACUUUUUUUAAGUUCUUUUAUUCUCAGUAAGAUACAUUUGGUUAAAUGAACACUCUGAGCUACAAACCUCUGCCUAAAGCUUCAUUUCACUGCAUUUGUCAUAGUGGUGAUCAUAAACAGCAUUGGCUCCUUCUGGCUUAAUUCCUUUUUUUCCCUUUGCAGUGUUGGGGAUUGAAUUUAGGGCCUUGUACAUGCUAGGCAAGGGCUCUACCACUGCUGUACACCAUCUCUGUCCAAGAUCUUAACCUGAUACUGACUGAAAAACCCAGUCACUUCUCUCUUUUUUGGUUAUCAAGAAAUUACCUCUAAAUUCAUUCAAACAGAUUGGGAGAUUCCAGCAGUAACCAGAUUGAGUAGGGUAUUAGUACAUGGAGAAGAGGGUUUUUUUCCUUUCAAUUGUGAUUGAUUUUAAAAAGCAGGGGAAUAAUUUAAAUGUUCAUUUAGUUGGAUGACUUGAAAAAUUACAUAUACACACAGAUUUUCAGAAGGGAAAUCAAGUAAUUAGAUUUCGGGGGGUGAAAGGCAAAGGUCAAUAGUCUUGAUGUCUGUACACUGGUAUGAAUUGUGAUCCUGAGAUUAUAUUUCCAGUCUCUUCCCCUUUAGACCUGUAGAUAUUUUCUUUUCAUGGUAUGGUAUUUUGGAAGAAAGUUUUAUUUCCAGGGCUGUUGGGACACAAAAAAUCUGCAAGAUCAAACUGAAAGGAGAUGAGUGGAUUUCCAUUCCAUAUGUGUUUUCUGCUGCAGAUUGAGUUGUGGUACUCUUAACAUUGGCCCCCUUUGGAAGGGCAUAUGCAGAAGACUAACAAUUGGUUUUCUUCAUUACCGGUCCUGUGGCCUUUACUCCGUCUCAGGUGCAUCAGGAUUUACAGAGAAAUGGAACAAAACUAGUGCCUAUAUAAAUGUCCAAUGUUGACCUUUUUUUUUUUUUUAAUAGCGAAUAGGCUCUUGAUUAGUUUCUUAGUUUUUUUUUUUAGCUAUUGGACUCUUUAAUCAUGUUGGGUUUAAAAAUCCACUCUUUUCCAGUAUUCCAUCUUCUGCUUUACAAAACUUUUUUUUUUUCUUUUGUGGCUGCUUUGGGUGGUGUAUGUACUAUUUAUGUCAUUUCCAUUUCUUAUGAUCCCUGUCCUCAUAAACAAUGCACUGCUUUUAGCCUGUUCUGUGCGUUUUUUAAGUUCCUUCAUCCAGCCCUUGCACCCCCAAUUUCCCAUUUAACUCCUUCAAAAGCUGCUUUGCAAAGGGUCGUGACUAAAGCUGCUUGCAAAAUGGAUAUGGGAUUAUGUAAAGCAGCCAAAGGGUGAGAAAAAAUGAGGGAGCUGGACCCUGUGAAGAAUGUUUUGAUUGUAUUUGCUUACAGCUGAUUGUGACAAAGCUCUUCCCUCUACGGUCGAUUCAAGGGGCUUAAACCUACAGCUCUGGUUGAUGGCGCCCAAUAAAAAUGAAACAAACAAACACUUUGCUCCCGUUUUUUCUCAGGGACAGGGCGGGGUGAAGGCGGGGGUCUGUUCAGUGUUCACGGUCACAGAAGUUUCAGCCUGGGUCCUGGGAGGCUGCUGCUUAGAGGGAGCGGGAGCGGGAGUGGGAGCGUGAGCGUGCCUGUGCCUCUGCCUCCUGGGCGGUGCUACACAUCUGGGCCAUUACAGUGUAGAUGGAGCGGGACCUGCUGACCGCUUCACAGUGGUUUUAAUUUGAGAGUAGCUGCGGGACUCUCGGGGCUAUAGUGCGGAUUGUGGCCGAAGGAGGUUGUUCUUCUCAGGUUGGGUGGUGGGUGUGUGGGGUCCUUCGCUGUUUUUCUUACCUGGCGUCUAGGCGUAAGCUAUUGUCUCAGCAUGUGGGCUUCGCAGGGGGAGAGGAUGGCGUUUGGGAGUUCAGAGGGAGAAAUUUGGAGUGGAGGGCAAAAUGGAGCACGGAAUGCUGUCAGGAUGUGCACGUGGAAGGGGCGAAAUGUGAAAGCUUAAAAAGUUGGCGCCACGAAGCUACAGACUGCCAUACAGGAGCCUCCGCUCGCUCCGCCUAAUGGCGGGCCGCACCUCGCCGGCAAGGCCCACGUCUGUAGUUCCUCCCUCACGCCGACUUCUUGCCCAAUCAGUGGCUUCGGCUUCGCUAAGUUGGUGCUCAUUGGCUUUCGCAUAAAAGCUCCGGGGGGUUACUGACGUUUCCACCUCUUCCCGGCCUCUCAGGUAAUUGGCGUUCGUGGUAAGCAAUCAGGAAGAGGAUCUCCGGGAACGCCUGCCUUUUACUUUAUUGAACGGCCAACCGGUGGUAGGUUCACCUCCCCCUUUCUACCCAGAGUUACUGCUGCGGCCGCCGCCAUUUUAGCGUUUUGUCAGAAGCGUCGGCGCCGUGAGGAAGAGGUCCUGCAGAUUUCCGUGCGGUGAGAGACUCCCGGGUCCUUCCACUGUUUAUCUUUCGCUCUGUGAAAUCUCUCACUUCCUUGGGCGUCCGAGGUGUCCUAGUGGGGUCGCGGCCUGCGCACCCGUCACUGAGAGCGGACCCCGGUCCUCGGCUUUGCGCGGCUGUGUCAGGAUGGUGAAGCUGUUCAUCGGAAACCUGCCCCGGGAGGCCACAGAGCAGGAGAUCCGCUCCCUUUUUGAGCAGUAUGGGAAGGUGCUGGAAUGUGACAUCAUUAAGAACUAUGGCUUUGUGCACAUAGAGGACAAGACGGCGGCUGAGGAUGCCAUACGUAACCUGCACCACUACAAGCUGCACGGAGUGAACAUCAAUGUGGAAGCCAGCAAGAAUAAAAGCAAAACCUCAACAAAGUUGCAUGUGGGCAACAUCAGUCCCACCUGCACUAACAAGGAGCUUCGGGCCAAGUUUGAGGAGUAUGGUCCAGUCAUCGAAUGUGACAUCGUGAAAGAUUAUGCCUUUGUACACAUGGAGCGGGCAGAGGAUGCUGUGGAGGCCAUCAGGGGCCUUGAUAACACAGAGUUUCAAGGCAAACGAAUGCACGUGCAGUUGUCCACCAGCCGGCUUAGGACUGCGCCCGGGAUGGGAGACCAGAGCGGCUGCUAUCGGUGCGGGAAAGAGGGGCACUGGUCCAAAGAGUGUCCAAUAGAUCGUUCGGGCCGCGUGGCAGACUUGACCGAGCAAUAUAAUGAGCAAUAUGGAGCAGUGCGUACGCCUUACGCCAUGAGCUAUGGGGAUUCAUUGUAUUACAACAACGCGUACGGAGCGCUCGAUGCCUACUACAAGCGCUGCCGUGCUGCCCGGUCCUAUGAGGCAGUGGCAGCUGCAGCUGCCUCUGCGUAUAAUUACGCAGAGCAGACCCUGUCCCAGCUGCCACAAGUCCAGAACGCAGCCAUGGCCAGUCACCUCACCUCCACCUCUCUUGAUCCCUACGAUAGACAUCUGUUGCCGACUUCAGGAGCUGCUGCUGCCACAGCUGCUGCUGCAGCAGCAGCCGCUGCUGCUGUUACUGCAGCUUCCACUUCAUAUUACGGGCGGGAUCGGAGCCCCCUGCGUCGCGCUACAGCCCCAGUCCCUACUGUUGGAGAGGGCUACGGUUACGGGCAUGAGAGUGAGUUGUCCCAAGCUUCAGCAGCCGCGCGGAAUUCUCUGUACGACAUGGCCCGGUAUGAGCGGGAGCAGUAUGCAGAUCGGGCGCGGUACUCAGCCUUUUAAAGCUUGAGGUGAGAGCGGUGGGUUGUCCCCUGUUCUGAUUUUGCCAUCCCAUCCCUCCUGCGGCCUAAAGAGCUCCAAUUAGGCUGCAUGCUUGCUUGCUUUUUGCAAGGUUGGGCUGAGGUUUUGAGCAUAGUUCAAGGGUUAGGAACAAGUCCUAAAUGCUUAACUUUAAGUAAAUGUUCUUGGCCCUCAUUGCUGUUUAUCUAGCAUUUCUGCUAGUAGGAGUCACUUUUCUGUUUUUUUGUGGAAAAACACAGAAUGAUGUGCUGGUGAAUUUUGGGUCAUACCUGUGUGCUACAGUUGGACUGAUCCUGGAAUCCAGACAUUCAGAGUCAGGUGUCCUGCUUCUCAGAGCCUUUGUUGAGUUUCCUUGAUGUGUGGUAUUACAAGUCUUCAAAUUUUCUGUGUGUUUCAUGCUAUGUGAAGGGUCUGAUACAACUACUAAUGAUAAAGUGUAUAACCCUAGUUAACUAGUUACCACUGCUCAGGUCCUAGUUAACUGUGAAGACUACCAAGAUGGCAUCAUCUUAAUCUUGAAGUGUAUUUCUGACAUUCCCAAACAAUUCAGCCCUUACGUGUUUUGUAGAACUUAACUUGAUGGUAAGUUGACGCAGAGAAAAGUAGAAAAUCUCUCUUACGAAGUUCAGCAAGGAACUCUGGACUUGCACUGCAAAAUCAUUCCCUGAAAAGAAUGCCCACUCUUAUCUUUGACUGUCCUGGAACAGCCUCUUUGUUCAAGUUAGGUGUUUUGUUCCCACAGUGUUUGGUUUGACAUCUUUCACUUUAUCGAGGUAUCUGGCAACAUAAGUACAUGCACACCUAUUUUUCUCUUUGGUGAUGUUGAAAUUCAGGGCUGGGAGUGUUGCCAUAAGCAGAUCUCUCCCUUCAUCUUCCCACUAGUUAUGGGCAUUUAAUACUCUUGAGCCACCACCUUUACCUUGAAUCCUAGCUUUAUUCUCUACCAAAUAUUUUGAGCUUCAUGAUCUAUUUGGUUCUACUUGAAUGUAUUCUCUUUUGAUGCUUGACAGCAUUGGGCUCUAGGUUUUUGAGAUUAGUGUUGUAGUUAAGGGUAAUUCUCAAUACCCUGAUGAGUUGUGAUUAAUCCCAGUGUGUCCCUUAGCCCAUGUCCCAGACAUUAUCAUAGGUCCUUAGUCCUAUACAAACAGCAGGAGUGAUACUUUGUCAUCUUUUCAAUUAGGAAAGAAGGUAUGUGACUUGCCCAGGUCCAUUGUAUAGGAAAUAAUUGCUUGGGCUCAUUCGCUAGGAAGGUGACUGGAACAGAAACUUAAGUGACUUUGUGUAGCUUACACAUACCCUCUAGCGCCUUCUUUAAAAGUUAGUUUCUUAAGUAGGCAGAGUUGGAUGUUGUUAGAUCUUAGAACUUGCUCAGUUGAUGUUACUUUUGUCUCUGCCUUGCAUGGUUUUUAACUUGGAUCUUGGCAGUAACUCCCAGAUUGAAACAGACUGUUGACUUUUUACCCCAGAACGUUAAUUGGAACCUUUCCUUUUUUUCUUCUUUGACAUUUUCUGAUGUGGAAUUAGCUUCUCUGGGGAAUGCUAUUGUUAACAUCAAGAGCAAUGGGAUGUCUUUGCGUAAUUUCAUGAAAGAAGAUAUGCUGUUUAAUUUGGAGAAAGACCUUUAUCUAGGAUUUAGUCUUCCACAAUGGUUCUCUGGCCUUUUUCUUUUUUUAGAGAUGACGAUACUGGGAAAAGGGUACAAGUAAACAGAGUUAUCACAAGUUAUCAGACUUGGUAAAGAUAGUCUUCGAAGUUUUAAGUGGGAAAGCCCUUUUGAGCUUUGCUGUAAAGCCACUGUAUUGUGCUCUCUUUCAGGUGGGAUGUGUGUGGGCUGAAAUUCCAAGCUGCGGUUGUGCAUGGGAGAGAAUACACCCUUCGUGGUACCCCAUCUCCGGGACGUUCUCAGCUCUGUGCGUUCAGGAACCGUGGACCUUAAUUUACUUUGCUAAGUUCAGACCUCCUUUCCUCUCUCCUGCCAAUUUUCCUGGGUUUUUUUUUUUUGUUGUUGUUGUUUUUGUUUUUGUUUUUAAGUACUUCUGUAGCUUCCCAUUUAUGUUAUGUUCUCCCAGCAGGCCUCAUUGUAUGCAGAAACUAGUGGGGGCUGUGCUGUCACCUUCCUGCCACCUGCCUCCAGUGGGUGUUGGAUUUGGGAAUGACCUUGUGAGAGAGUCACUGCUCCAGGGUUUCUUUUUUGGCCCAAAGGCUAGACCUGUAGAGUUGAAUCACUUUUUUUCUUUCCGGUGAAAUAAAUGUUUUUUCAACUUAGGGUAUGUGUGGUUUGAGAGAGUUCUUGCUUGGGCUUGUUUCUGCGUUCUUUAUUUGUACCUUAGGAGAAGGGGAGGGUCUAAAGAUUAAGAUAGGAGGCUUUGGGUGAACAUUACUGCAGGUGUUUUUUAAAUUGUAGAUAGAACUUUUAGGUGCUAAGGAAAAAGGUUAUAAUAAAGAAUGGAGGCGGGCAAACUUACUCCAAUGAAGACUUGUACUGGUUUACCUUUGUUAUAAAACCAACUACUUACUAGUAGUUUAGAGAUGUAGGUCUUUCUCGGUUAGAGAAAUAAUCCCCUACGACUACUGUUCCAACCACUCAGUCAGCAUUUCUGGCUUGACUUAUUUCCAGAAAAGAGGUAUAGAGGAAAAGAAGGGUUUGAGGGAGAAGGGGGCAGCUUUCACUUUGGAAAAAGGUGAUCCCAUGGGAGAGACCAUAUGCUACUUCUAUAGGCCAGAAACACCUGUGAUACCUUUUACCAUCUAUUUGUAUAGCUCUGCCAAAAUCUGGAAGAUACUUGAAUAGUCCCAUUAGCAUCUCCUAGAUUAUACUAACAGCCUUUAGAUGAUCAGCAUACAGAAAGGACCUAGCAGUAGCUUUCAGUAAGCUUACUGAACAGUGAGGAUGGGAGCUGGGGGUUGAGUGCAAGGAAGAGCCACUGCCUUAAGUAGUUAAGAGUUUUUGCUUGUUUUGAGACAGGGUCUUGCUUGUAGCCCAGGCUGGCCUGGAACUUGGGAUCCUUCUGCUUCCACCUCCCAGUUGUUGGGGUGUCAGGUAUUCUCCACUGCCUGGUGCUGGUUUUUUGUUUUGUUGAGACAGGGUCUUACUAGUAGCCUGGGUUAGCCUUGAAACUUGCUAUGUAGCCCAAGCUGGCCUCUAACUUGUGAUCCAGCAGCAUCGGCCUCAGUACUGGGAUUACAGGUGUGUGCCACCACACCCAGCUUUUUUUUCCCCAUUGAAAUGGGGGUCUUAGUAGCAGGCACCUGCAACUGCACCCAGCUAUUGUCUUCCAUAUUUUUGUUCUCUAUUUCUUGCUCCAGUUUCAGCAUACAGGACGGUGUUUUAGUAAAUACUGAGCACCUUCUGUAUGUCAGACUUGCUUUUGGGAUGGGGUUGGGAAAUGAGAGAGAAAGGAUUGGUCUAUACUGGAUGAUUUCUCAGGUUCUAAUUUUUUUUAUCCUGUUGAUCUAACUUGUAGAUCAGAUUAGAACAGCUCUGUAUCAGUAAAAAGUUAUUAAAUGUUUUCUAUGAUGUGAGGCCUUGUGCAAGGUGUUUUAAAGUGUUCUCACUUAAUUCUCCCAGCAAAUAGUGUUCUUACCAGUUUUUUCCUUCCCUGUCUGGGUUGGUUUUCUGUGGCACUGCCAUCUAUUAGAAAGGAUCAUACCUACUUUGGUCCCUCUUUUUCUAAAGGACACCUAUCACUGACCUGCACUUACACUAUUUUCAUUACAUCCCUUGGGUGAUGGGUGGGGUUGUGGCAAGUUUCAAAAGAUGGGAAACUAACGGUAUUCACUGAUUCAAGUUUGAUACUUUUCAAGGUGGCACUUAUAUGAGGGGAGUAGAUAGGAUGCAUUGUCAAGUAGAGAACUUGGUCUAAAUGUUGAUGGUCUGAAGGAUUUUUAAGGAACAUGUCAUGCAUAGUAGAUUAGACCUGGGCUUUUUUUUUUUUCUUUUUUUGAAACUAGGUCUCACUGUGUUGCCAGGCUAAUCUCUGAACUCCUGUGAUCAAGUGAUCCUCUUGCUUCUGCCUCCUGCUAGGAUUACAGGCAUGAGCCACCAGUGCCCAGCUUUAAAUGGUGCUGGGGAUUGAACCCGUAGGCUCCCACACACUUGGCAAGCACUUGCUUUCUGGUUUAAGACCAGGUAUCUCUCUGUCAAACAACCUAAGAGUAUUUUUCAUGGCUCAGAGUUAAACGUUAAAACUUUUUCUUGAGACAGGAUCUCACCUGUGUAACGCCAGGUUGGCCUCAGACUCAUGCUCUUCCUGCCUCAGCCUUUCUUUUUUAAAAAGCAUAUUU